AACGAUUUGUUAUGGUAUCAACAAUCUACUAAGAUAUAUAGGUCUAGUCAACUAUUGUCUGUUUGCAGAGUGUCGAAACACACCAUUCACUAAGAAGAUUUAGAUCAACGACAAGAACAGACAGAUUUACAUCAUUGGACUGGACAUCAGUAUUGUUUAGUUUUGCUUAGGUCCAUUUUCAAUUUGAUUUAAACUAUGUUUGGUUUAGUUUAAAUCUACUUAGUUCUGGGCCGAUCGUCAUUAGAGGCACAUAUCAUAACUUCACUAGACCUACCAGUUCCCGAUAAUAGAUAUAGAAUUACAUCACAUACGUUAUAGUUUGUUUUCCAGCUCACGUCCGGCGUCCUGAUCAGUUUGUCUCCCAGCUGACAUCCGGCGUCCUAAUCAUGUCGAAUCUACUGUUGGUAUUUGUUGUUACCAGUACUAGUACUCUGUUAUUAUCUAAUGUUUACGGAAAUUAUUCUCUAGAUCCAUCAAAUGAAUCAAAAGGCCUACAUUGUCAAGUAACUGUUGAAUGUAAGAGGUUUUGGAUUGAUACACCAGUAUGUGGUAAAGGAGUUUACACUGAAGAUGGAAAUGUUGUUCUAAUACUAGUUGGUAUAGAUUGUAAUGGAGAACGAAUUCAUCGAUAUAAUACAAUAUGGUAUAUGAUAGCUAAAUCUUCUCACAUAGCUAUACGCCAGUGCAGAGAUCGUUUAAAGUGUACGGUGCCAGAAAAGUAUUUACACCCUAAAGGAGAUAGAAAGUUUGUUGUGGUAGUAACAGAGAGGAAUAUUGCUAGACAUCUAGAAAUUAAACUGAAAUAUAUUAAAGAACGCAAACUUCGUAUUCAUGGCAGCACAAAUGAUAGAAAUGAAAAUUAUGAGAAUCGGCAGGAAAGACCACAGAAAAAAGACGACGAUCUUACAGAAAAAGUGCUUCGUAUUCUUGGUGACAGAAAAUAUGAAAACCAUAAAAUUAAGGAAAAAAAUCAAUACAAAAAAGAAGAUAAUAAAGUACAUAAUAAAAAAGAUAAAAUUCGGGAUGACAAAAAAGUCGAACACGUAAAUGACUCAAAAGAUGGAAGUGUAAAUAGCGAUAAAACAGAAAAAGUUGACAAUAAAGUUCGUAAAGAUAGCAAGCUUCGUGAUAGUCGCGGAAACGUACAGCAUAUUAACACUGAAGACAACCGCCUUAAAAAAAACGAUAAGCUGCAUUCAGAAAACAAGCUUUUAGUUCGUGGUGACACAAAACCAGCUAUGCCUAAUCAUGAAAGAGGACAAGAAAUUCGCAACAAAAAAGACGGUCCUAAAGUUCCUAAAGGUAAUGAACUUCGAGGUAACGAAAAAAACGAAGAUGUAAAUCACAUAAAAAUAGUAAUAAAUCGCAGCAUAAAUUACAGCAAUGAAAGCGAGCUUCAUGAUAGCACAAAAAAUGGUAUCAUGAACCUAACAAAAACAGGCAAAAACCGACACAACAAAGGCAACGGUAAUAAGCUUCCUGCUCAUGGUGAGAAUCAAGAUGGAAAUAAAAUAUCAAAAAAAAGCAAGUACGAAAAUGACAACGUGGAUAUUCAUUAUUUUAUAGAUAUAAUUCCAAUUUCUGAACUGAGUAAAACUAAUAAUUCCACAGAUAGUAAUGAAAAUGAUAAACGAGAUGCAGAAACAAUCGACACAAUAUUGAAACACAAGAGCUUAGAUAAUAAUUCUUCAGGAUUCGAGACAAAUUCAACCUCAAUUACACGCCAAAAUAGAAAAAAUAUAAAAAAUAUCGACUUAAAAAAGUCGAAGAAAAUUACAGAAAAUCUGAUCAAAAAUUUAGAUGCCCUGCUUUCACCUGAAUCACAAGAAUUGGAUAUUAAAGAGGCCGCAGACGAUAAGGACUUUAACCUGAUUCCUCGCCCUCCUGUUUUACUUGUUGAUAGUUUCAAGCCAAAAUCCAAACGAGCACGACCAAAAUAUAAACGACCACACAGAACAAAACAUCUAUUAGGAAAUCUACCAAAAGGCUUAAAAAUGUUUAAAGGCAUCAACCAUAAUGACAGGAAUGAAAGUCUAAUUACAACGACACAUGGUGAUAUUCACGAUAUCGUUGAUGGAAACGAAAAAAAGAAACAAGAGUCACUUACAAACACGCAUGAUAAAGAAGGAAAUGGUGUCUUGAGUAAAAACACACCAGGAAACACCCCAGUGUCAACGCUUGAUUUUAGGAAAGAAAUCGUCGAUAUUCCUUCGGAUUAUAAAAAUACCUACAUCGAUUCAAGAAUUGAUAAGAUACCAAUUGGACAAACCAUUGUGCGACAUAUCGAUAAUCCUUCUAAUCUAAACUCAACAAAUAUGGGUGUUAUUUAUCAUGGCACCUUAAAUAACAAUAGGACAUCCUGGCAUGGAGAGUAUAUCAAGGUUUCAAAGCAUCAGCUUCGCAAAUUGCAAGAGGUUUUCCAUCGGAGGAAACAACAGGAUGCUUUGAAGAGUAAAUUAAGAUAUAAUAUGAUGAACAAUUACAUUAGAAAUACACAGAAACAAUUGAAAGAAAAAGAUCAGAAACUAAAACAGAAAGAAAUGUUCGAUGACAAGAAAGUAAAUGAUAUGAAAAAGGAAUUGAUGAUUCAAAAUAUUAGUAAUGAUGAAAAAACUCGAGAAAAAGACAAGGAAUUGAAGGCGAAAAUAGUUUCUAAAGUAAAAGAUUUAGAUGAAGAGGUAAAAGAACUGAAAGAGAGAAAUGCAAAUACCCAAAAGAUGAAAAAAAAGGAUGCAGAUUUAAAGGAAAAAGGAAAGCUUCAUUCUAAGAAAUUUGGAACACAAGUUUCCAGUGUUAGGCAAAAAGUGUCAAUUCCUGUGGCACCAGAAAUAGAUUCUUCAGUUGGGAAUGAUGUGGAAAAUGGUAAAGAACUGAUUGAAGUAGUUCAGCGAAAGAAAAUAUUUGGUAAUGUUCGAUACCCGUCCAUUAACAGAAAACUGGUUGAAACAGAAAAUUUUGGAAUAAAGAGGGAUGGGGAUCACAAUGCGAGACGAUUGCAAAAUGAUGAAAUGAAGAAGGUACCAGCAAAUGAAAUUAUUAAUGUUAUGACCCGUAAUCGUUUAUAUCCAAAUAAAUUCUACCCCAAAUACCAUUACGGUAUAAGAGAAGAUAUGUUUAGUCAACCAGAAAUUCUUAUACCUCUAAAUUCACACCAUAUUAUCAAUGCAAAUGCAGAAGAACUCAAACAACACGAAAAUCUUUAUUUCCAUAAGCGAAUUCAUGAAGAUGCUUCCAGCCUAAAAGAUCGCUUAAGCUGCAAAGCUGCAAGUCCGAAAAUAGACGAGCAAAUAGAAUCUGCUUUAUCAUCUAUUGAAGGCAACAUUUAUCGCAUUUUGGCCGAAAAAACUCAAGUCGAAUCCAAAUAUAGCAAUAAACUUCAAAAACAAGUACAUGAUGCAACGUUUACAGUUAUAGUGGAUUCUUUGAACAAGUCGUGCAGUCAUAGGUUAAAUGCUAAUGAGAGAAUAGGAGAAUUGACUAAUUGGGAGUCGUGGGGUAAUUGUUCUGUGGAAUGUGGGGAAGGGGGCUUUCAACUCAGAAAAAGAAGCUGUACAACUAAUAAAUGUGUAGGAAGUCUAUGGGAUGUUAAAGAAUGUAGUGAACAUAAGCCGUGUCGAGGUAAGUAUAAUUUCAAGAGAAACAACCAGAUAAAAUGUUAA